AUGACCGACGAAGAAUCCCGACCUUCAACGGAAAUCUUCGCCAUCCCCGAACCAACCGUGACCUUCCUCCCGGAGACCGACCCCGCCCACCCGACGGUCCUCCUGGAACCCUACCACGUCGACCUCCUCCCGGAAUACGACUACAUCAGCCAGGAGUACCUGAUCUCGGGCGCCGCGCAGGGCCACUCGUACUGCACGCGCCUGCUGCUCCGACGGCCCGCGGACCCCGCCCGGUUCUCGGGGUUCGUGGUCGCCGAGCCCUCGCACCUGUGGGGCGGGACGAGUAUCUGGCGGCAUGUGAAUCGGUGGGUUAUGCGGCAUGACCACGCCUGGCUCGAAAUCGACUCGCAAGCCCCCUCCGCGAUCGGGAAGCUCAAGAACGUCGAUCCCGAGCGCUACGCAGCCAUGGCCUUCACGCCCGGCCCGACCUACGAUGAGUUCUCGGACAACAUUCCCGUCGAGGACGGGAGCGAGGAAGAAACUCUCUCCAAAGAGCAACUCUGGCAAGCCUACGACGCCUUCAAAGCGAAAUGGUGGCCCGCCACGACCCAGUCCCCGGAGAUCCUCACGGCGGCGUCGCACGCCCUCCGCGCGGGCCUGCUGGGCGGCCUAACGGCGCGGUGGGUGGUGCUCAGUGGCCUCUCGCAGACUGGCGGCCUUACUCGGCGGUUCAUCACGCACUCCGGGCAUUUAAGGUUGCCGGAUGGGGAGACGGCUCCGUUCGAUGGGUUUUUGCCGUGUCAGUCGGGCGGCACGACGCCUUUGCCUGACUGUGUAUCCGGGGGUAAGAUUAUUGAGUUGCUGGGGGAAUCGGAGUUCUUGUCGGUGCGGUAUCCCUGUGGGGUGAGUGGGCAGAUGCAUUGGGAGAGGACGGCGCAUCGGAGGCCGCAGAGCGAGGGGUAUAGGCUGUAUGAGGUGGCGGGGAUGGGUCAUCGCGAGUCGAGGUAUUACUCUGCCGUGGAUCGGGAGUCUGGGAAAGGCGAGGGAGAGGGGGUAAGAUGGAGCACUGUUGCGAAUUCGUUUGUGUAUCAUGCUGUGUUUGAAGCGAUGCGGCGGUGGAUUGUUGAGGGUGGAGACGGCGGGUUCACGCCGCCGGAUAGUGUGUGGAUUCGGACCGUUGGUGAGACAGAUGAGAUCGUGCGCGAUCGCUUUGGGAAUGCAUUAGAUGGGGUUCGGACGUUGCAUACUGAGGUGCCGGUGGCCAGGAUCGUGGCGGCGACGCCUCGCGGGAGGCCGAACUGGUAUUGUGGCUCAGAAUGGCCGUUCACGGAGGAAGAACUGCGGGCGCUGUAUGGAUCGGUGGCUGCAUAUCGCAGGCGGGCGGGGGCGGCGAUCGCCCGUCAAAUGAAGUUGAGCUUCCUUUUGCCUGAAGAUGCUGAAGUUCUUCGGCGCGAGACAGUGGAACGAGUGCAUUUCUGGAAGGAGCGGAACGCAUGA